UUCUUCUUACCUUUGAAUUAUUCCUAGUGCACAAAACAAUCUUUUCCAUGAAAUAGGAACUCAAUAAAUAAUAUUUGCCGAAUAAACGAAAAGUCAUAGAUGAAGCGGUAAGCACUGCUCCUCCCAAAGGCAACAUCCAAGAGCCCACAUUUUCAGAUUCAACGCGGAGAAUCCGACAAGUUGAGCAUAUGUUCUAAGACUAAACGUCGCAUAAGCAGAGCCUGGACCCCACUGAUCUUUCAUUUUGCGUCUCCCUCCUAGAGACUGGCGGAUGGGCUUGGAAUUUUCCUCCUUUGUUCACAGUCCAGCGGGACGGCCUGGAUGAAGGGCCCAGCAGAGGGCACCGGCGUCCGCGAGGUGCAGAUCCAGGAGCCCCGCGACAGCCCGCGGGGCAGGACGCGCCACAGUGGCGGGCGGACCCCGGCCGCUCGGCCCUCCGGGCGCCCUCGCCGCGCUCUCGCCGAGUCCCGCAUUGGUCACGGGGGCGCGCGCCGGGUUGCUGUAGAAACGGCGGGCGGGCGCGGCGGCGCGGAGGGCGGGCUCUCGCGCCCCAGCGCUCGCCCGGACGUCUCAGAGCCCUGUCGUUGGGCCGGCCCGGGGUCCCCGCGGUGCGCGACGCAAAAGAUGUGGAGGCGCAGCUUGGAGAACCGGGACGCUCAAACCAGACAACUGCAAGAUGCUGUCACAAAUGUGGAGAAGCAUUUUGGAGAGCUGUGCCAAAUCUUUGCUGCUUAUGUGCGGAAAACUGCCAGAGUGCGAGACAAAGCAGACCUCCUGGUGAAUGAAAUUAACAUGUAUGCCUCUACAGAGACCCCCAAUUUAAAGCAGGGCCUGAAAAACUUUGCUGAUGAGUUUGCUAAACUUCAGGAUUAUCGACAAGCAGAGGUAUGGAACGAGGUCAGAGUGUCAUUGGAUGACCUCAAAGCAACAUUAACAGCAAGGAAUCGAGAAGCUAAACAGUUAACUCAGUUAGAAAGAACACGUCAGCGAAACCCAUCAGAUCGACAUGUUAUUGCAGAAAAUGAAUUACAGAGGGCUACAUUGGAUGCUACCCGAACAACUCGUCAUCUGGAGGAAACUAUUGACAAUUUUGAAAAGCAGAAAAUAAAGGAUAUAAAGGUUUUCCGAAAUUCUCUGUAUCCACCAGAUUAUUCAUCUCGUUUAGAUAUUGUAAGAGCAAAUUCAAAGUCACCUCUUCAGAGAUCACUGUCCACUAAGUGUGUAUCUGGAACAGGACAGGUGAGCUAGAAACCAUAAUUUAAAGGAAUUUGAGCUGCUGCCUUUGGAAUUGUUCUGUACUAAAAACGUUCCCCUUAAGUCAUAUGGCUUCAUAUAACCUACCCUCUUACUCUUAUAUAAAAUACUAGAUUGCACUAGUUGUGGCUAUUUUUUAUAUUUUGUAUACUAUAACACAUAUUACUCUCUAAAGCAGAACACUUAACACCAAAGGUAGAAAGGACAGAAUACUAUUCUAGAUUUGUUCUCUGAUAUAUGAAGAGCACAGGUUCUGGAGUCAAACUGAUUAGGGAUUAAGUCCUCCAUCACAACUUAAUGGAAAUUAUACCUAAAAAGGGCUCUUCCUGAACAUUAUCAUAGAUCCGGAAGCACAGAUCUUUUAAGUAAAGAGCCAAUAUUCUCAUUUCUUCUAUACCCAGAAAGCCUCAGUUCCUGGUUUCUAGAACAGUGAGGGUCCCUUUCUCUCUGAGACCACAGAGAAAAAUACCAGGUUUUGUGGGCUGCAUGGUCUCUGUCCCAACUAAAAGCAGCCAUAAACAAUACAUAACAAAUCAAUAUGGCUGUGUUGUAAUACAACUUUAUUUUAAAAAACAGGCAAACUGGGCCAUAACUUGCUAAUUCAUGAUCUAAAGCAGCGGUUCUCAACCUUCUUAAUGCCACA